AUGUCCAGGCCAAGUAGCGUCUCUCCUCGGCCCCCAGCUCUUGGCGGGGGCGGCGGAGGCGGGAAUGGUGGCGGAGGGGGCGGCCUAGCGCACUGUUGCAUCGGUGGCGGUGGCCGGGCCAAGGGGCUGAAGGACAUUCGUAUCGACGAGGAGGUGAAGAUCGCAGUAAAUAUCGCCCUGGAGCGAUUCCGAUACGGGGACCAGAGAGAAAUGGAAUUUCCUUCUUCUUUGACCAGUACUGAAAGAGCUUUUAUUCAUCGAUUGAGUCAGUCUCUUGGUUUGGUCUCUAAAAGUAAAGGAAAGGGAGCCAAUAGAUAUCUAACUGUGAAGAAGAAAGAUGGAUCAGAAACAGCUCAUGCAAUGAUGACCUGUAACUUGACUCAUAAUGCAAAACAUGCUGUUAGGAGCCUAGUUCAAAGAUUUCCUGUCACCAAUAAAGAACGUACAGAACUUCUGCCUAAAACAGAGAGAGGAAAUGUGUUUGCCGUUGAAGCUGAAAAUCGAGAAAUGAGCAAGACAAGCGGGAGACUCAACAAUGGUAUACCUCAGAUUCCAGUGAAAAGAGGAGAAUCCGAAUUUGAUUCUUUCAGGCAAUCUUUGCCAGUGUUUGAGAAACAAGAAGAAAUUGUUCAAAUAAUUAAAGAGAAUAAAGUAGUUUUGAUUGUGGGAGAAACUGGGUCUGGAAAGACCACACAGAUUCCUCAGUUCCUUUUAGAUGACUGCUUCAAAAAUGGUAUCCCCUGUCGUAUAUUUUGUACGCAACCAAGACGAUUAGCAGCAAUUGCUGUGGCUGAAAGAGUUGCUGCAGAGAGAAGAGAAAGGAUUGGUCAGACAAUUGGAUAUCAGAUUCGAUUAGAAAGCAGGGUUUCUCCAAAGACACUUCUGACAUUUUGCACUAAUGGCGUAUUGCUUCGCACAUUAAUGGCAGGAGAUAGUACAUUAUCAACUGUGACACAUGUUAUUGUGGAUGAAGUACAUGAAAGGGAUCGAUUCAGUGAUUUUUUACUUACAAAGCUAAGAGAUUUGUUACAAAAGCACCCAACUUUGAAACUAAUUCUUUCCAGUGCUGCAUUGGAUGUAAAUCUCUUUAUAAGAUAUUUUGGAAGUUGUCCAGUGAUAUAUAUACAAGGAAGACCAUUUGAAGUAAAAGAAAUGUUUUUGGAAGAUAUUUUAAAAACUACUGGUUAUACAAAUAAAGAAAUGUUAAAGUACAAAAAGGAAAAACAGCGAGAAGAGAAACAGCAAACCACGCUUACGGAGUGGUGCUCAGCUCAAGAGAAUACUUUCAAGCCUGAGUCUCAGAGGCAGAGAACUGUCCCAAAUGUGACUGAAGAAUAUGACUUAUUGGAUGAUGGUGGUGAUGCUGUCUUUAGUCAGUUGACAGAAAAAGAUGUGAAUUGUCUUGAACCAUGGUUAAUAAAGGAAAUGGAUGCUUGUCUUUCUGACAUAUGGCUACAUAAAGACAUUGAUGCCUUUGCUCAGGUCUUUCACCUUAUUUUAACUGAAAAUGUUAGUGUUGAUUAUAGGCACAGUGAAACCAGUGCGACAGCUCUGAUGGUUGCUGCAGGACGAGGCUGCACAAGUCAAGUAGAGCAGUUAAUUAGUAUGGGAGCCAAUGCUCAUAGCAAAGCAUCAAAUGGCUGGAUGGCUUUAGAUUGGGCUAAGCACUUUGGGCAAACUGAAAUUGUGGAUCUUCUAGAAUCUUACAGUGCUUCAUUGGAAUUUGGAAAUCUAGAUGAAAGUUCUCUGGUUCAAACAAAUGGAAGUGACCUCAGUACAGAAGACAGAGAGCUCUUGAAAGCUUAUCAUCAUAGCUUUGAUGAUGAAAAAGUAGACUUGGAUUUGAUCAUGCAUCUUCUGUACAAUAUCUGCCAUAGUUGUGAUUCUGGUGCAAUAUUAAUUUUCCUACCUGGGUAUGAUGAAAUUGUUGGAUUGAGGGAUCGCAUCCUGUUUGAUGACAAGCGGUUUGCUGACAAUACACAUAGAUAUCAAGUCUUUAUGCUUCAUUCAAAUAUGCAAACAUCUGAUCAAAAGAAGGUAUUAAAAAAUCCACCUGCAGGUGUUCGAAAAAUAAUCCUUUCCACCAAUAUUGCUGAAACCAGCAUCACAGUCAAUGAUGUUGUCUUUGUUAUUGAUUCUGGUAAGGUGAAAGAGAAGUCUUUUGAUGCACUGAAUUUUGUUACAAUGUUGAAAAUGGUGUGGAUUUCCAAAGCUAGUGCCAUACAACGAAAAGGCAGGGCUGGGCGAUGUAGACCUGGAAUCUGUUUCCAUCUGUUCAGUAGACUCCGAUUCCAGAAUAUGUUGGAAUUUCAGACACCAGAACUUUUGAGAAUGCCAUUACAGGAACUUUGUUUACAUACGAAGCUGUUAGCCCCAAUUAAUUGUCCCAUUGCUGAUUUCCUUAUGAAAGCUCCUGAACCUCCACCAGCUUUAAUUGUAAGAAAUGCUGUACAGAUGCUUAAGACAAUAGAUGCAAUGGAUGCAUGGGAAGAUCUGACUGAACUUGGAUAUCAUUUAGCUGACUUGCCUGUAGAACCACAUCUCGGUAAAAUGGUCCUGUGUGCUGUUGUUUUAAAGUGUCUGGACCCCAUUCUUACUAUUGCCUGCACAUUAGCAUAUCGCGAUCCAUUUGUACUGCCAACUCAGGCCUCUCAAAAACGUGCAGCUAUGCUUUGUAGGAAACGUUUCACUGCAGGAACUUUCAGUGACCAUAUGGCACUUCUCAGAGCAUUCCAGGCUUGGCAGAAAGCACGAAGUGAUGGGUGGGAGCGAGCCUUUUGUGAAAAAAAUUUUCUUUCACAAGCUACUAUGGAAAUAAUCAUAGGCAUGCGAACUCAGUUGCUUGGUCAACUUAGAGCGUCAGGUUUUGUUAGAGCACGAGGUGGUGGUGACAUUCGAGAUGUUAACACAAACUCUGAGAACUGGGCAGUUGUUAAAGCUGCAUUGGUGGCAGGCAUGUAUCCUAAUUUAGUCCAUGUGGACAGAGAGAAUGUAGUAUUGACAGGUCCAAAGGAGAAAAAAGUACGGUUUCAUCCCACUUCAGUUCUCAGUCAGCCUCAAUAUAAAAAGAUUCCUCCAGUGAAUGGUCAAGCUGCCGCAAUUCAGGCACUGCCCACAGAUUGGCUUAUUUAUGAUGAAAUGACCAGAGCCCAUCGGAUAGCUAAUAUUAGAUGUUGUUCAGCUGUGACAUCUGUCACUGUAUUGGUAUUCUGUGGACCAGCUAGGUUGGCAAGUAAUGCUCUUCAGGAGCCUUCAUCCUUUAGAGCAGAUGGUAUUCCUAAUGACAGUAGUGAUAGUGAAAUGGAGGAUAGAACAACUGCUAAUUUAGCAACUUUGAAACUUGAUGAGUGGCUCAAUUUCAAACUGGAUCCAGAGGUAGCCAGUUUAUUAUUGCAACUCAGACAGAAGUGGCAUAGCUUAUUUUUGCGCCGAAUGAGGGCUCCAUCUAAACCUUGGUCUCAAGUUGAUGAAGCUACGAUAAGAGCAAUUAUUGCUGUUUUAAGCACUGAAGAACAGUCUGCAGGUUUACAACAACCAUCUGGGAUUGGCCAAAGGCCAAGACCUAUGUCUUCAGAAGAACUUCCUUUGGCAUCAUCUUGGAGGUCAAAUAACAGUAGGAAAAGUUCAGCAGAUCCUGAAUUUUCUGAUGAGUCUGCUACUGCGGAAAGAGUAUCGAUGAAAUCUCCGUCUCUAGCAUUACACCCACCUCAGAAGUGCAAAGAUAGAGGAAUUUUACAUCCUAAACGAAACACUGAUGACCGAUCAGAUCAGUCUUCUGUGAAAUCUACAGAUAGUGGUAGUUACCCAAGUCCUUGUGCGAGCCCUUCUCCGCCAUCCUCAGGAAAGGGCUCAAAGUCUCCUUCACCAAGACCAAACAUGCCUGUUCGAUACUUCAUAAUGAAGAGUAGCAAUUUGAGAAACCUUGAGAUUUCUCAACAGAAGGGUAUCUGGUCUACAACCCCUAGUAAUGAGCGGAAGCUAAAUCGAGCCUUUUGGGAAAGCAGCAUGGUUUACUUGGUAUUUUCUGUUCAAGGAUCUGGACAUUUCCAGGGAUUUUCUAGGAUGUCUUCAGAGAUAGGAAGGGAGAAGAGUCAGGAUUGGGGUUCAGCUGGACUAGGAGGAGUAUUUAAAGUGGAAUGGAUACGAAAAGAAAGUCUUCCCUUUCAGUUUGCACACCAUUUGCUCAAUCCUUGGAAUGACAACAAGAAAGUCCAGAUAAGCAGAGAUGGGCAGGAACUAGAACCUCAGGUUGGUGAACAGUUGCUGCAGUUAUGGGAACGCCUUCCACUGGGAGAAAAAACCACAACUGAUUGACACUCAG